ACGUAGAGAAAAAACGGAUAGUAGACGUGAAAGAAUAGAAAAAUUAUCCAACCGAUCCGCAGGGAGAAUUUCAAGGACGAAGAGGUCCUUGCCUCUGAACAGCCCGUGAAAGAUAAAAAAAAAAAAUGGAAGUUGGACCGGCCUUAAACAUAAAAACUCUGACGGACAUCGAGGACGAAAUAAAUCGACGAAGGGAGUCGGAAAAAUCAUCCGGGCUCUGGAAUGACCCAGGAAAAUUUUUGGAGACUUUCAAAGAAGUGGAGAAAGAAAUCGAGAGCGAUAACGCGGUGGUGGAAAAAGAUCCGGCCUCGAGUUUUGAGGAUCUGAAAAAUUUGUUACCGCAGGAAGGGGACGCGCACCGCGAGAACGGAGGACUAGAUUUGAAUGAUUUUGCUGAAAAAUUGCGCGCCGAAAUUGAGGGUGUAAAACAAUGUGCGGAAUCGACGGGGACCGAUUCGUUAAAAGCUGAAAAUUUCGCACUCGCUGCUGACUCCGAAGAGUCGUCGAUGGUUGAAAAUUUCAAAGAACUUAAUCGCGAUGAAAAGUACUCCUCAGAUCCCGACGAAAAUUUAACGAACGACUCGUGUACGCCCGAUGUCAAUGAAAACGUGGAGCGCGAAAACGCUAUGAAAAAAAUUCCAGAAAACGAUUCGCUGCCAACAGCUCUGGAUAAUAUCCAUAUGAAAAAAUAUACCGAAAAUGAUUUUGAGUCCGACGAUUCGGACGAGACGUUGUACGAAGAUUUGAUGAGGAAACCACCCGAAAAAUUCAUAAAACCUCAGAGGAUUUACGAGUUUGACGAAAAGAAAGACGGUAUCAGAAUGACUGAAGAAUUGAUAAUGAAACAUUGCAAGGAGAAUGAUCUGUACCAGACUCCUUACCUCAACAACGUGUUGUACCUGCAUUACAAAGGAUUUUCGUACAUCGAGAAUCUGGAGCGUUACACGGGCCUGAAAUGUUUGUGGUUGGAGAGUAACGGUAUUCGUGAAAUAGCGAAUUUGGAAAAUCAGAGCAAUUUGCGUUGUCUAUUUUUGCAUCACAAUCUGAUCGAAAAAAUCGAGAAUCUCGAAUGCCUGCCGAAAUUGGACACCCUUAAUCUGUCGCACAACUGUAUCCGGGUCAUCGAGAACCUAGGUAGUCUGAAAAACUUGAAGACGUUAAAUCUAUCUCACAAUUACCUUAAGGAUUCAUCUGGCCUUGAACACCUCAAGGAUUUAGAUUCAAUUUCGAUCCUUGAUAUGUCGCACAAUCGUAUAGAAUCGCUCGACGUUGUAGACAUUCUUGGAUCUAUGAAAAAUCUUCGGGUCGUGACGUUGACAGGAAAUCCAGUGAUAAAAUCUGUAAAGAUGUACCGGAAAACUAUGACCUUGAAAUGCAAACAACUCACCUACCUCGACGACCGACCUGUAUUCCCACGAGACAGAGCUUGCGCCGAAGCUUGGAUGCGGGGAGGUCCUGAAGAGGAGGUCGCCGAACGUAACAGGUGGAUUCAGGCGGAACAAAAUAAAAUAAAUGACAGCGUUAAGGCUCUCAUAAAGAAGAAGAAAAAUUUCGAGGCGGUAGCGGCUGCGGAGAAGGAGGAGAAGGAAAGAACGGAGAACCUGGCGCAGGAAGUGGUGGAUGAAUCUGAAACAAACCAGUCGUCGGAAUUGUUGGAAAUCGAAGGCAGAGUUAAAUCUGGAGCUUCUUUGCCCGAUUCGUCAUGCGGCGAGAAUUCUGACGAGGAUAAGGAAAUUGUAGGAGAUUCGGAAGAAAUAGCGAACGACGAUCGGAUCGAGGAGAUAAAGCUACCUUGGAAGACUGAGAUACGCGAGACGAGAGAACCUCCGCGAUUGAUAGAAGAUAUAACAGAUAUAAAAGAAAACGCGAAGGACGACUGUAGGGAAAAACGUCUGGAUAAUGGCAUCGUCGACGACUGCGGUACUCGAGAUCCCGAGGGAGAUUCAAAAAAUAUUUCUUCCUUGGAAAAUGACGGUGUUUCCAUAGAAACGAAAAUAUCUGAAAAAUUAAACUCACCAAUUCUGAUCGAAGAAAUUGUCCCUGAAUUGGAGGAUUCUUCCUGCGGAUCGGGUAAUCACGUGUCCCGGGAACUCGGUUCGAUCCGGGAAGAAAUGAAAGAAUUUUGCGACGGUAUGAAAAAGUUCACGGAAGAAAACGAUAUAAUAUACGACAAGGGCGACGUGGUUGGAUUUUGGGGGAACAAGUCAUCGAGCAAGGAUCCCGAGGGAUCGGAAAACGAGAAACACGAAGAUCAGGUCAAGUGGUGGAGCGCGAAGGAGAGGAAACUGAAGGUGAAAGAGGUGAUGGAAAAUCGUGAAAAGAAAAAGAAAGAAGAAAAAAGAGACAAGAUAUCGAGCUUGACGUCGUCGAUGGAUACCCUACUCAUCGACGUCCCGGUAAUUUCCCCAUCCCCGGGGGAUAAUGAGUCGCCAAAAAUUAGCGGCGGUGGUAAGAGAUCCCAUGAGAAUAUCGAGGGUUCUAACGAGGUGGGUAGGAAGAAAUUCUUCAUCGCUGAGGCUGGGGGUGGAGAUCCUGAGUGGCAGAGGGAAUCCAUCGAAACCAAUUCGAUAAGUGCAAGAUGUCGAAGGCACGUCGUCAAAGAAACUAAAAGAAAAAUGUCUCACUCCUCUCCACUGAUCGACAGCUGCCUAUCAAAUUUAAUAAAAGAUACGGACAGAUUGAGACUCACGCUGUCCGAUAACAACGAGGAUUUACCUGAAAAGGAUCGUCGAGAUCCCGUGGGAAUUUCGUUCGACGAAUUUCAAGCCACUCUAGCCGCAGCCGAGAGUCAAAAGCAUUUGUUAAUUGAGCCGGAUUAUUUGAAAAUCAAAAAAUCCAACGAUCUAUCGCCGUUGGAAACGAAGGAAGCAAGUGAACAUCAGUCGUCCGUUCAACUUGACACUUCGUCGGGUGCGGGUGACGGCUCGGUAAGGACUUUGGUCGAUUCGGAAAGCCCUGUAGAAAUAGAUCACGGCGAUCCCGAAAUCGAAAAUAUGGACGCCGAGCUGCGAGCCAGAAUAACGAGAAACAUUAACGCGCCAAAAACGGAAGAGCAGAAAGAACGUGGAAGAAUGUUGGCUACCGCUUUGAUGACGAGGUCAAGGGAAGCAAUGGCGCGGGGAAAAAUGCCGGAACGAGAUAAUUCCCCGGGUUACGAUUACGACGAGGAUGCUGUGAAUGCGAAGUUGUUAACUACUCGUCAAUUUUUCGGUACAGAGGAUGAAAAAAAUCCAUUGAAUUGUAAAAAAAUCAUUGAGAUCUCCGAAGAUUCCCACAACAAUAAUCAAGAAAGGGAUAACAGUGGGGAGGAUCAGCUCAAUGUUGAAAUUUCUACCGAUUCUUCUUCCGUGGCAAGGACGACUUCCUUGUCAUCAUCUUCGUCAUCUUCUUCUUCGUCCUUUGGAUAUAAAAAAAUGGUCAAAGAAAUCAACGUAAUAUUGGAGAGCGAGGAAUCCUGCAAAAAUUUUCACGAAGAAGAUAAUGAUGAAAUAAAAAUUGAACCUCAAUCUCCAAAUGAUAAUACCAACGUUAUUUCAAGAAAAUUAAAAAAAACGUUAGAAAUGACCUUAGCCCAGGAUAAUAAGAAUUAAGUUGAUAUAUAAUAAAUCCAAUUAAUCACGUACGAUGCAUCACGUCGUCCUACGUGAUUUCCUUGGACCAAUUUCUCACAGCUGUUUUAUUCUUCUUCUUUCCUUUUCUCUACGUUGAAUUUUUUGUCUACCUAUAAUGUAUAUGUAUAUAAAUU